AUGUCCGGGAUCACUGGGAAUUUGGAUUGCGAGGAAUGUUUCUCUUCUGCACAUGUGGCCAACAGCACAGAUGUGCGCUCAGCCGUGGACGAGGAUGAUGAACUUCUGAGAUACAUCUGGAGAGAAUACUUGCACCCCAAGCAGUAUGAAUGGGUUCUAAUCGUGGCUUACAUCAUUGUGUUCUUCGUCUCACUCAUUGGAAACUCGCUUGUUUGUUUUGCAGUUUGGAAAAACCGCCACAUGCGCACUGUGACCAACUACUUCAUCGUGAAUCUUUCCCUUGCUGACGUAUUGGUCACCAUCAUCUGCCUGCCUGCCAGUCUCGUUGUAGACAUCACAGAGACGUGGUUCUUCGGAAAGACUCUUUGCAAAGUUGUCCCGUAUCUGCAGACAAUCUCCGUUUCUGUGUCAGUCUUAACACUGAGCUGCAUUGCCCAGGACCGUUGGUACGCUAUCUGCCACCCGCUGAUGUUCAAGAGCACAGCGAAGAGGGCUCGCAAAAGCAUUGUUGUCAUCUGGGUUGUGUCGUGCAUUAUCAUGAUCCCUCAGGCUAUUGUGAUGGAGUGCAGCAGUCUGCUACCUGAACUCACAAACAAGACCAGCCUGUUCACAGUGUGUGAUGAGCAUUGGGGAGCUGAGGUCUACCCAAAGGUCUAUCACACCUGUUUCUUCAUUGUCACCUACUUUGCGCCUUUAUGUCUCAUGGUCCUGGCGUAUAUUCAGAUAUGUCACAAGCUGUGGUGUCAACAGAUUCCUGGAAGCACAUCAGUGCUGCAGAGGAAGUGGAGGUCCAUCCAGUGUUCAGCUCCGAAUGCAGGGCAGGGCGAGCCCGUGAGGGUUCGGACCAGUACAGUUUGUGCCGAGAUCAAACAAGUCAGAGCACGACGCAAGACUGCUCGCAUGCUGAUGGUGGUGCUCUUUGUGUUCGCUCUGUGCUACCUGCCAAUCAGCGUGCUCAAUGUCAUGAAAAGAGUCUUUGGGACUUUUAAGAACACAAACGACAGAGAGACAGUGUAUGCGUGGUUUACUUUCUCCCAUUGGCUCAUAUAUGCCAACAGUGCAGCGAAUCCUAUCAUCUACAAUUUCCUGAGCGGAAAGUUCCGUGAGGAGUUCAAAUCAGCCUUUUCUUGCCAUUGUCAUAACCAGGACCAAAAUCAAACAACAAGUACAAGGACGAGAGCAAGCACAGACAGCCGAAAAUCCCUGUCAACUCAAGUUAACAACGUGGACAACCUGUCGCGCAUAUCGGAUCAGAUCGUGUAG